AUUAUUUGAGAUUUCGCCUUACACGUCGUUUGUGGAUUGUGGUGGUAAACAAAUUUUCGAAAUCGGUUUUCUGUGAGAUAUAGAAAAGAAUGACAGUAGCCCAAGUUAGAAUAAAUGGAAAAGGACACCAUCUGUGUUUAUCUCGAGCUCUCCAGGCGUCUUUAGAAGAAGAAAUUUACGCUGAUGUCCGAAUUGUGGUGUUUGAAUCGGCCUUUCUGAACGAUGGUAAUCAUCCUCUACGUGCCAAUAGUGCCGUGCUUGCAGCCGCCAGCCCUAUUUUAGCCAAUAUUUUAAAAGAAAGAACAGAAGAUGAUGAAGUAGUCUUAAUAUUGGAUGGUUACCAACACAAUGACAUUUCAAAUUUGUUGCAAUACAUCUACACAGGGCAAGCUCAUAUCAAUCGCCAAGAGGAGCAGUCUUUCAGAGAUUUACUGAAACAGUUACAUGUUGGUAGUUUUGCCAAGCCUUUACCAAACAAGAAUAUUUCAACAUGCUCAAUAACGAGUAAAAUAGAGCUUACUCAGACAAGACCUAAGCAAAUGACUGUUGAAAUACCUCUGAAUCAAAACAAGACAGUGAUUUCUGACAAUAAAAAAAGAGAAAAACAUCCUGCAAAAUAUUUCAAAAAGCUACCAGUUUAUCCAUCUAGACCUUUGCAACUUCCCAAAAGAGAAAUUACUCUUCAAGAUCCACUGAGAAAUCAACUAGACAUAGUUAAUCCAGAUGGGAUGAGAAAUGGCUCUGUUUUUGAAAAAACAUGUUUAAAAUUUAACUUAUUGACGGAAGCGAAUGCAGUCGUUGGUAACCUUCUGGACUACCCACGAAUGUCCGAUCGAUUAGGAAUCUAUUUCGACCCACAGCUAUUCAGCUAUUACCGGGCUUUAGUACGUGCCUUGCCACCUAUACGGAUCUUUCUUCAAAUUCAAGAUGACGAACCCGAUAGCGAAUCGGAAUGUGAGGAAUCGUCAACAGUAAAAAAAUGCACUAAAGUGUACCCACCUGCCCGGAAAAGAGACAUCUUUCAAGUCCGUCAACAGCGCAAUAGCUUUUUUAGUAGUCGAUUGCCUGUCAAGACCAUGUGUUGCGUUAACGGCAAGGCGCACAUAAUUUUAGAUGGCCAGCCCAUACGAUUGGAUCCUUUCAUUAAAGCAAUUGAAUAUCCGUUGCUAGAUCAUGCCAACCAAAAGUGUCAUCAAGAACAAUCUCAGCAGGAAGAUGAGAUCUCUGUGGAGGUGGAAACUGAAGCUCGACGGAAGCGUGUUUUACUCAGCACGCUCAAUCGUCUUAAGAAAGACCAUUCACGUGCUAAAGAAGUUGCCCAUAACAUUUUGAACGCUUCAUCCUCCAGGAACGAAGAUGAGACUGGUGACUUGGAAACUGCAGGGACAUCCAAGAAAGGAUCUCAGAAUAUGGUGAUUUGUGAAAUAUGUGGUAAACUCAUCUCAGCUUCAUGGAUUCGCGUUCACUUUGCUAACCAUCAGGGAGAGAAGAACUAUCUGUGCGAACAUUGUGGGCGUUCCUUUGCAUCGGCUAAUCUGCUGAAAUCGCACGUUCAUUACCAACACAACAAUCAAUUAGACCUGAUCAAAUGCAGUAUCUGUGGAAAAUCUUUCACCAAAAAAUCCAGUUUACUACUUCCGCGGCAAGAACUGUACAUGAAAGGACACAUACGGGAGAGCGCCCAUUCAAAUGCCCUACAUGUGCCAAAAGCUUUACAUCUAAAGGCUCACACAUAUACUCACAAGAACACCGAGGAGCCUGUGCCUUGCCCAAUUUGUGGUAAAAUGUUCAGGAAUAAAAUUCUAGUAAUGUCUCACAAGCGGAUCCAUAAACAAGCCAAAGUUGACCAACCAACUACUAACCAGGAAAUUUUGCAACAAGAAGCUAGUCUUCAGUUUGUCGACAGCAAUAUGGAAUUUGUCAACAUUUUGGUUUUAGCUGAAGACGUUAAAGAGCUUACACAGAGUACGGUGGGCGGUCACGAUCUACUACAACACAGGCAGAAAAUUCAAGCCCUAUCCGAAGAGACAAAUCAAUAUCUUAAAAAAAAUGUUUAUCAAAAUUAUAUGCAAUUCAUUGAAACAGCUAAGGAGAUUUCAUAUUUGGAAAGUGAAAUGUACCAACUCUCUCAUUUGUUGACUGAGCAACGUUCCUUGAUAGUGACACUCUUGGAAAACUCUUUACUUGGUGACAAAGCUCCUGGACUUAGGGGUGUUGAGAAACCUGAAAUAAAAGCCAAGUUCAAUGCUGAAGUUGCAGUUAACUUGAAUGUAAACAAUCAAGAAGGUAGAAAGCGUCUAACUGCACUCUUAGAAAAAGUUGAAGGCUGUGCUAAUGUUGUGGAAUCUCUUACAAGGACUUUAAUUCAUGAAGGAGAUAUGGUGGAAUUGGAUCCGUCCGAUAAUUGCGCAGUCGGAAGAGUUCGUGGGUUUCUACUAAAUGAUAGUUUUAUGAUUGCUUCAUGGCUUCCUAACAAACGGGGCAAUAUGCGAUAUCAGUAUCAAGCACUGUAUGAACUGGAAGGCUUAGCAGUAAUCAAUAUUCGUGAUCUGGGCCCUGUCAAAUAUGCGUUUAAAUUAAUGAUGUUUCCAGAUACGCGAGUGCUUCAGUGCGCUAAUUCAAACGACAAGAAAGAGUGGCUUGAAGCUUUUGAGUUAGCCAAGCAGCUGAAGAAUAAGAAAGACGUUAGCCCAACGCCUUCGGAAGAAACAAAGGACAAUAGCUAUGACGACGCAUUUAAUCCUUUUGCAGAGGACGAGAACUUGCCUUAUAUUCCUAACGGAAGUGGAAGCAGCCCAGAAGUUGCCGUUGAGUCUAUUCCCGAUUGGGUUAUCGAAGUGGCCGACGACAUGGACGUCUAUGUGGCACAGCGAGACUUUGAAGAAGCUGUUUCAUUGGCAGAGAAAACCCGAGCAUUUUGGGACGGUGCUUCUUCCAGUGUGGUCAACCUGCAUCGUGAUUUGAGAUUGAAAAUUGAUAGUCGGAUUCGCCAAUUGAGCGAAGUUUUAAUGAAUGAGUUGCGCGUUUCUCCAGACAAAUCCCUACAGGGAGGACCAAGAGCAGCUUCACGUGCCGUCCUUUUACUCUCUAGAUUAGGUCAGGCAUCACAAGCUUGCGAUCUUUUCCUCAAACAUCGCUCUGCUCUUCUAAAGCACAAUCUCCGUCAGCUAAAAACAGAGGGAGCCACAACCCUGUACAUCAAAAGAAUAACGAGUCUUUUCUUUCCUUUUGUUGCGGACACUGGUCGAGAAAUAUCUCGUGUGUUUCCUAAAAACAAAGUUUGCGCUUCCGCCUUUGUUGUUUGGUCGCGGAAUGAAGUCGGAAAAUUUGGAAAUAAUUUCAGAAAGCAUGUCUUCACAUCAGGCUCAACACUGACGACGGUCGCUGAAUGCGUCGCUCUAGUGAGGAACCAUUCUGAACAGCUCAUUGAAAUUGGAUUGGAUUUGACUUUCUAUUUGGAAAGUGAACUCCGUGGUCAAGUGGAGCGAUGUUUGCGCGAUGCCCGUGAGAAGCUUUUGGAAUCUAUUAAGCUUCGUGCUCUUGAAGAUAAAUGGCGACCGGUGAACCUCGUCAACAAGAGUGGAAUUGCAAGAUUUGCUGAUGAUUUGAGCGAAAUAGGAAUUGCAUCAAUUCAUUCUUUGGUUUAUGAUGAAUGGUGGGUGGCUCUGACAAGCAACACAAUUAAUUUUUCGAAGGCCUACUUGACUUUCCUGGAUGACGCGCUGAAGAUGCCCUCAGCAGAUAGCAACAUUUUUGUUGACGAGAUCUUGCAUGAUAUCUUCCAAGCCCAACUGAAGCACGUGGAAAACUCUUUGCGCUCGGGCAAAUACAAGGGGGAGGCAAAAUUCAUCCAUAAAAAUGCCUCAUUUUUAAUACAUACUGUUCUGUCGCUAGCUCAGCAUAGGGUUGAAGAGGUUCGGCUUCAUCCGAGUCCUUCAUUCGCGAAAUUGCGGGCAGAUUUUGAAUGGUUAGCUAAUGAUGGCAAGAAAGUAAUUACUACCAUAAAAUCUCCUGCAUCUGAUCAGUCUUUUAUUUAACCAACUGUGAAUGUAAUAGAUUCGGAGAAAAUACAAAUACAUGGCAAUGAUGAGUUAGAAAA